AUGACGGUACCCAAGACAGGGUUUACUCGCCGCAAAAGUGCCCGUGGGGCUCCCCAGCCUCUCCUCUCCAGCUCCUCCGUCGGGACCCUCACCAAUGACGUUGAUUUUGGGACUGAUAGUGGCCGCUAUCAAUGGCCCCAGCAGGCAGACAACGAGCAGAGCUACCGACACGAGACCCUAUCCAAGGAGAUCAACGAGCUGGCGGAUGAUGUGGACCUCGAGGAGGUGCCGAACCCUCCAGUGCACAAACAGCAUGGCCGCCGUCUGCGGAACAUGUCACUCCCAUCCCCGUCUGUGCCUUCACACCCACCGGUCACCAAGGAAGCAGAGGAUGGCCUGCUUGAGGCUCUCAAAGGCAUAGAGCGCCCUUGGAAGAAGCAGAGAGGGCGGGAGCAGCAGUUGGAUCCACCAACCGAUUCACAGGAUGAAGACGACCCGAUUGUGGUGAAGGCCAGAGCGAAGAGCAGAAAAGUAAAAGCGAAGCCAAAGCCAAAGGCGGUGCCAGGCAGGAAGGGGAAGAAGAAGCAGGACUCAAGCUCCGAGAGCGAGGCCGAUCCCAGCAACCAUAAGCUUGUCUUGAUGGUCCCACGUCUCAACACUGAGGGAACACAGCGGAUCAUCCUGGCGCACAACACCAGCUUCAUCGAGGCACUCAAGACAAUUCAUAUGACUGUCGGCUGUGUCGAUGUGGCUGUGAAGCCGACUCUGGCAUACAAGCUCAGCACUAUGACUGCCAAAGAGCCGCCAGUCAGUCUGGCCUCGCAGAUGGAUUGGGAAGGAUGCCUGGAUGAUGUUUUAGAAGCAGAGAAGGGUGGGAAGCGAAGCGUGAAGGUUACAAUCAUCAUCGGACCAGAUCGUUAUCUGGAGUCUCUUCGUGCAAAACUUGGUACAAAAUCCACCACAACUGUGGGCAAUAAGAAGCGCAAGGGCCUCCUCCUUCUUGAUCUCGAUCACGCUGGUUCUGGAGACGAUGACUUCGACGAGGGCCUGGGAUCAAUGGACCGCGAGCACAAGUUCCUCGAGCAGCUCCAGAACAAGCACGGGCACUGCCAAGUCUGUGGCCCAGGCAAGCUAUGCAAGAUUGACGCAUUUGGGCGGCAUCACAUUCUCUCCAAUGGACAGCAGGGUGCGUGGGCACAUGCAUUGGCUGUCAACACGCAUGGUGUGACGCUUGACACACUGCCACGCAAUGACAUGUUUGCAAUGUUCCGCAAGUCUGCUCGCACACCCUACGGAUUUGUUCCAUGGGGCAUGGGGACACCAUCAGCCAUGCCGAUAACACCUGGGACCCCUGCUCACAACGGAACUCCCUGGACGUCAAGCCGGAGCACCCGGGAUACCUUGCUGUCUAGUGACCCUCCAGAGUUUGAGGCGGCCAACCCAUACCCAGAGCUUGCUGAGUUCCUCGAGCGUCUCCAUAGCAAGCAUCCACGCCGGAGGCCGUCAGACUACAUCAUCACCUUUGACGCGAUGAAUGUGUACCACAUUGAUGAGAUUCUGAGCUUCUGGACUGUUGAGAAGCUGGAACAAAAGAUGGAUAUGACGCACGGCAAUGCUUCGUUCCUUUGGGAGCAAGUGACUGCGGAGAUCAAGCGCGUCAAGCGUGCUCGCAGAGGGUAA